UCCGGCGCGUGAACGCAGCACCACGGCCCGUAGGAGCCGGUGAGACAUUCGGUGCUUUUCGGCCCGGCCAUUCGGAUCGCGUUUCACCGGCAAGCAGAGCGAGACGUCGUCGACAGGGGACAGGUGUCCGACUAAAAUGACCGGGCCCUCCGUGAGAGCGAGCCGCUUUAUUUUGAAAGCCCGCAGCAGCUGUGAAAGCACCAUGGAGCUGAGGCUCAGUUCCCCGGCAGCGCCACCCAGCAAGAGGAGCGACGACAGCUGCGUCUAGUGGCAGGCAGCAGCCGCUUCUUAUUUAAAGCAGCUCUCCUGCGGACCGGGUGGUCUUUUUUUUUUUUUUUUUUUUUUUUGAAGUGUCAUUCGUUCCUAUUGCGAUAUUUCAAGAACCAUUUUGGUUACCUUUUAUUUAUUUAUCUGAACAUUCGCGGACUUGAGUGAAAAACAGCAGCAGCAGCAGCGACGCGGCGAGGAGGAGCGUCCCUCCGCCUCAUUUAAAGCGCAGCGGAGGCGGCGGCGCGCAGACAGACGGUGGGUCGGACAGGGACGGAGAGGAGUCAACAUGUUCGAGGCCAGAGGAAUCCCUUUUGUCCUGCUCGAUAUAGUCUGUCUGGUUCUAGGGGGUCUACCUCUGGCAAUCUUUAACCUGGGUAAGAUCCGACCUUACCAAAGUGGUUUUUUCUGUAGCGAUGACAGCAUCAAGUACCCUUUCCACCCCAGCACAAUCUCCUCCACGGUGCUCUACACUGUGGGCUUUGUCCUGCCUAUUAGCUCAAUGGUCAUUGGCGAGUGCCUUUUAGUUUAUCUAAACCGCCUUAAAUCCAAGUCGACGUUCGGCAGCUAUGUUGCCUGUGUUUACAAAGCCGUCGGUACCUUCGUCUUUGGUGCCGGCAUGAGCCAGUCCCUGACAGACAUCGCAAAGUAUUCGAUCGGCCGGCUCAGGCCGCACUUCCUGGAUGUGUGCAAGCCCGACUGGAAACUCAUCAACUGCUCGGCAGGCAUGUACAUCGAGAACUUCACCUGCACCGGAGACCCAAAGAUGGUCAAUGAGGGCAG